AUGGGGUCCCGUAUCGCGUUGGCUCUUCUGUUCGUCUCCGUCCUACUCGCUCGCGUCGACGGGCAGGGUUGGCGGGAUCGCUGUCUCGAAGGUGCCUGGGGUUACCCUUUGCGGCCGCGGAAAGGAGCUCCCAACCCAAAGCCUGAAGACUACGCCAAGCUAUGGUGCGGUAAGGAGCCGGGCACUCCACUCGACAAAUGUCUGCCACUCGCCCAGAUCGUCGACACAUCGAAUAACGACUGGAAGAGGGCCGUCGCCUACGUUGCCACCACUGACAAUCAGACCAUAUACUAUGGUUGUGAGCCUGUGCACGAACUGUUCUAUGAGCCGCCCAAAGACGACCACUGGCACUCGAGCGCUUGCUAUUACUGGGAAGUGUUCAGGAAUCCCAACGCAGCUGAUUGUAUCUACCUACCGAUAUACGGAGAUACUUACGACCAAGACUUCGGCGGCUGCUUUCAAGCCAGAUCGGUGGUCAAAGUCAUCGAAACCGAGUUCCCGGGCGAACCAUGGGACGGACGGGCACGAUGCGGAGUCAACAGGGUUAUGAGGCUAAAAACAACAACCACGACCACGACUACGCCUACGACCACUACCACCAACGCUACGACGACCACCACCACCGUCACCACCACCAACACCACGACCACGACAACAGCUUCGACUACCACACCAGUGGCAGUGAACACGACGGUGAGCACCGCCCCAACGUCAUCUACUGACAAUACGACGACUGCAACGAGUACAUCGACGAGAGAUGGAGACGGAAACAAGACGACACGAUUCACUACACCGCCUACGCUUGUGCCAAAUCCUGAACUGCCCGGGGCUACUGUAUUCAAACACACGAUGCUGAUCAUCCUGGGCAUCCUGAUGGGAUUAAUCUUACUGUAUCUCUGUGCCAGUAUUGCUUGUGAUGCUGUAGAAGGAAAGAAGGCGAAGAAGAACAGCAAGAAACGCAUCUCUCCUGAUGAUCCCGAGCCUACGAACAUGUCCAUCCUUCAGCACGAAGACCCGGCGCCAUCCCACAAAUCCGAAAAAGCC